AACCCUUAUUUUUGUCGAUCCUUUUUGUUACGCAGUAGCAUACAGUUUGCACUGCUAUGAGUGUGUACGAGUGAUACGUAGUACACGUGCCGCGAAUGAUCUUCGAAAUUGUCGUUUAUACCUAUUCUGUAUUCAUACUAAACUAUUACUUGAUUUGUUUGUAAGACAACUAAUGCAUUGCAGGCAUGCGACGAGAGUGGGAAAUGAAAGCUCCGAAGAAACCACUGUCACCAUUUGCCAAGUUUCGUCAACUCGAUAGGCAAAAUAGUACCACUUUAUCGCCAAGUCCUAUGAAGUCACCAGCAACAGAAUUUCACUUCAAGUUUAACGAACCAACUGUACGAGAUAACGCUGCGCAAAUUAAAGAACGAUUAUUGGCGUGGUGUCGGUCAAAAACCAAAGAAUACGAGAAUAUACAACUCGAUAACUUCUCGACAAGCUGGAAUAACGGUUUAGCAUUCUGCGCGUUAAUACACCAUUUUAGACCGGAUGCUUUCGAUUACAACUCUUUACGUGCGGAAAACCGUAGAAAAAAUUUUGAACUUGCUUUUACAAAAGCCGACGAAGUCGCAGGAAUUGCACCAUUACUUGAUGUCGAAGAUAUGGUAAUGAUGCAACGACCGGAUUGGAAGUGUGUCUUUACAUAUGUCCAGUCUAUUUAUCGCCGCUUCAAGGACGAAGAAUAGCAAUUUACUCUAAAUACAGCAACACAGCACAAUUCCAUUUUACGCUAACGUAGAAAAAGAUUGUUAUUUAUAGAAUGUUUAUUACACUUAUUAUACACUUAAUGUGAUUGGAUAAAGAUGUACACGAUCACAAAAAAUUUUGUUUUAAGUAAUGGAAGAUUGGUUAUAUCAU